AUGAAGCCUGCUUUCGCCAGACUCGCUGCUCCCAGCCAGACCGCUGGUGCCAGCGCUGCUCUGCGCGCUUACUCCACUGAGACCAAGCGCCCCGAGCCCAAGGAGGUUGCCAAGGCUAUCCUCGACAAGUUCCCCGGCAACAACCCCGUCUCCAAGUCUGGCACCGUCCUCCUGACCGCCUCCGUCGCUGCUUGGCUGGUUUCCAAGGAGAUCUACAUCGUCGACCACGAGUUCUUUGAGAUGCUCUGUAUCUUCGGUGCCUACGGCCUCUGGUUCCAGGGUGGCAAGGACGGUGCCUUUGAGUACUUUGCCGACCGCAAGAACACCAUCCGCAAGGUCCUGAACGAGGCCCGUGAGGACCACAAGGCCGUUGUCCAGGAGCGCAUCUCUCACAUCAGCAAGCUUUCCGAUGUCGUUGAGGUCACCAAGGGCCUGUACCAGAUCUCGCGAGAAAUUGCCCAGCUCGAGGCUGAGGCUUAUGAGCUCAAGCAGACCGUCACCUUCAACCACGAGGUCAAGAGCGUCCUUGACUCCUGGGUCCGACACGAGGCCAGCAUCCGCGAGCGCGAGCAGAAGCAGCUUGCUGCCCAUGUUAUCAAGCAGAUCGAGGCCUCUCUUGCCGAUCCCAAAGUCCAAACCAACAUCCUCAACGAGACUGUCCGUGAGAUUGAGCAGCUUCUUACCAAGCGCGCUUAA